AAAUUUUAUUGUUACAGCACGAACAGUUGGCAUUGUAAAAUUAUAAAUUAAAAUUUGGUUUCGUCUUGGAGAUAAUGUUAUAAGUGAUUUAAACAAAAUGCACGUGAGAAUACGUAUAUUCGGUAAACCAGAUACCGUUGUAGUUGUAGAAUCUAAGUUAACAAAGAUAGAUCAGUUCCGGCGAAUUAUAAAAGAAAAGUUUGAUGUUCCACCAAAAUUACAAAGAUUAUUCUACGGCGGUAAACUGCUGGAAAAUGGUUACACAUUCCACGACUAUAAUAUCAAGCUCAAUGAUGUUAUUCAACUCAUGGUUCGGGCGCAGCCUGAGGACAGCCCCAAGAAGAAGACUGACACUAAGACUGAAGAUAUUAAAGACAAAACCGAAGUUUCUGAUGGGGAUGCGGUUGAGUACAAAGAUGCAGUAAGUACAUUAUACGAAGUUGGUGAUCUAGUUGAUGUACGAGACCGUGAGCAAGGAUCCUGGUUAGAAGGGAAAAUAACUAGAAUAGUGAAUGAUCCUGACAACCCAUAUACACCAGAUUCUAAAGACUCAUCGAGUAUUGACAUAAGUGUCCUAGGACAUUCUGAGAACAGUGACCACAGUUUUGACACUGAAAACGAUGUUGAAAAUAAACCUCCAAGUGAAUCAACCAAUGGGGACAGUUUGCCAAAAUCUAAAAGUAAAGGCAUAGCUAAGUAUUUCAGUAGAACCCCAAAAAUUGCAUGGAAAAAAAGUGAUAGUGAAUUGAAUAAAAGUGUUGAAAGCAAGGAUAUUGAUUCAAUGCUGCUUUAUAAAGUGCAACUGGAAUCAGAUGAUGAAGAUUCUAACUUGUAUUGUAAGCUAAAAGAAAUAAGACCUAGAGCUAGAAAUGAGAUAGAUCCUAAAGACCUGAAGGUGGAUCAGACAGUGAUGUUGAACCACAACACAGAUGAACCACUUGAGAAAGGACAUUGGUAUGAUUUCAAAAUAGCAGAAAUAAAGAAGUUUAGAGCAAUUUAUGAGUUGAUAGGAACUCUUUAUUUGGGCCCUGAUGCUGUCCCACAGAAUGAUACUAAAGUGAGAGUGAUUGACAAGAUAUUUGCAAUUGAAGAGGUAGUGCCACUAGCUCAGAGGACACAGAAGUACAAGAAAAUGAUGAUCACCCCUCCGGAGAAACGAUCUGUGCCAUUAAAUUGUCUUACGUGUCGCGACGAUGAAAACACUCUGUGCAAAGACUGUGGCUGUUAUCUGUGCUCAGGAAAGGAGUUUCCCGAAAGAAUAGUUUUAUGCGACGAAUGUAACCAUGGCUACCACAUGAUAUGCUUGGACCCGCCGCUCAUGGAGCUGCCCGAAGAAGACUGGUACUGCCCGUCCUGCAAGAGAGAUACUAAUGACGUCAUAGCACCUGGAGCUGCUAAGCAAACAAAGAAGACGAUCAAAACUAAUCGCGACUGGGGCCGAGGAAUGGCUUGCGUUGGUAAGACGAAGACCUGUGCGAUGCCGCCCAAUCAUUUCGGACCGAUUCCCGGCAUUGAAGUUGGCAUGUGCUGGAGGUUCAGAAUACAGCUGUCGGAAACCGGUGUCCAUCGGCCGCCCGUUUCUGGGAUACAUGGUCGCGAUGUAGAAGGCGCUUACAGCAUUGUAUUAUCAGGUGGUUACGAAGAUGAUGUGGAUCAUGGAAACGAGUUCACGUACACAGGCAGUGGCGGCCGAGAUCUUUCCGGAAAUAAACGCACUGCGGAACAGUCCUGUGACCAAACACUCACCAGAGAAAACAAAGCGCUAGCCCGUAACUGCGCAGUGAACAGUAUAAGCGAGGAAGGCGGUGACGCAGGUGACAAUUGGCGUAACGGGAAGCCGGUCCGCGUAGUGCGCUCCUACAAGAUGUUGAAACAUUUCCCCAAGUAUGCACCAAAAGAAGGAAUCAGAUACGACGGCAUAUAUAAGGUUGUGAAGUACUAUCCAGAGAAGGGACUAUCAGGAUUCAUUGUUUGGAAGUACCUAUUGAGACGAGACGAUCCUAACCCUGCGCCUUGGGAACCAGGAGCAAAGGAAUACCCGAUUAUUUAUCCCGAUGGGUAUUUAGAGGCGGAAGCAGAAAAGAAAGCUUUAAAAGAAAAGAACAGUAAAAUCGGUAAAGGUGCCAAGAAAGGUAAUAAAAAGCGAGCCCUCAGAGAAAGCAAUCAAACAACUGAGUCGGAAAGUGAUGCCUCUCCACCUGUCAAGAGACGGAAAACUACUAAACCAGUAAUAAAAACCAAAGCUACAAAUAGUCCUAAGACGAAUAUAGCUAGUAUAUUCCUGAAGAGUCCGAAACGUAAGUCACCACAGAAGAAAGAUACAGAGAGUAAAUUGAGUGAGGAAGAAAUGGCAGCAAUUAAGGCGGAUACGCUGAACGAGAAGCUCUGGAGCGAAUGUCUCAUUGUAUGCGAGGCUCGGGGAAAGAAGGAAUUCGUGGACUAUGUGACGCAAAUGUUCCUGUGCAUCAUUUGUCAAGAGGUAGCUGUAAGUCCGGUGACAACACCUUGUUUACACAACUUCUGUUUGGCGUGCAUAAAGCAAGCUUUCAAAGCUAGCGGCGCUCAAUGCCCCUGCUGCCGACAUAGCCUCGUGAAGUACGAAAUUGAACCAAAUGAAGAGUUGAAAACAGCUCUCCGAAGUAUACUGACGGGAUACGAUGCGGGCAAGAAAUAGAAUAUAAUGUGAUUUCGCAACGCACGUGAACGCCAGAACGUCGUCUAAAUCUACCUAAGGCUCAUUAGAAGGAGAAUUUAU